GUGUUAUGGAGAUACUGAGGAGACACAACAGUGCGACUCGGGAGUAUUCUGUCCAGUAGCCGUCCAUGUAGUUGACGGCGGCUGGUCUGACUGGAGCGCAUGGUCUGACUGCAGCGUGACGUGUGGAGUCGGUACGCAGACUCGGGACCGAAGCUGCACCAAUCCGGCACCAGAGCACGGCGGGGCGGAGUGUUAUGGAGAUACUGAGGAGAUACAACAGUGCGACUCAGGAGUAUUCUGUCCAGAUACGAGCGCUUCAUCUAGUUUGUCUCAUGUACCUGGUCAAGGAGGUCAGUGGGGCCCCUGGGCUGCCUGGUCACUGUGUAACACAUCCCCAGCGGCAUGUGGAACAGGCACCCAUGUCAGGCACAGGGAGUGCCAAGGCAUGGUGUGUCACCCCGAGAUGAGGGGGGAGUGGGAGCGAAUAGCAACCUUUGAGGAUGGGACCUGUGAAAAGCCUUGUGAAGCUGACAAUGGUGGAAGAGGAGCUUACUACAAUGGGAACUGGGGUGAGUGGAGUAACUGGGAAUGCACUGAGCCAUGUCGGCCUGGUGUCCAGGCUAGGAGGGAGCGUUACUGUGAUGACCCUGCUCCAACACCUGGACAUCACUGCAUCGGGGAUGAGCAGGGGGCAGACAGGCAGGAAGAGCCUGCUGCAUGUGAGGAGUACUGUGAAAAAGAGUGGACUGACUGGUCGUCCUGGUCUACUUGCUCCAUGACCUGUGACGCUCCUGUGAGGAAGAGGAUCAGGGAUUGUCUGGGGAUCGGGUCUCCCUGUCCUGGAGAGGCAGAGGAGGUUAAGGGCUGUGAUCAGGAGUGGAGACACGACCCCUGUCCUCCCCAGGAUGGCCAGUGGGGCUGGUGGGGCCCGUGGUCGCCAGACUGUUACCCACAGUGUAGAGAAGGUUUACACACCAGACACAGGGACUGUGACAACCCUCCUCCUGUUGGGGACGGCGAAUACUGUGAAGGAGAGGAUGAAGACAUGAAGCAGUGUGAGGUUGCAGAGUACAUGAUGGAGCAGUGUGAGUCUGUAGCAGAGUGGACUGUAGCAGAGUGGACCAACUGGGGCGACUGGCAACAGUGCACAGCCACCUGUGGCAUGGCGACAGGAUUUAGAAUAAGACAGUGUAAGAACGAGGAUGGAACCCUGGCGAACACCUGUCAUGGGACGGACAGAGAGGAGGCUGAAUGCUCCCUGCCACCUUGUUCUCUACUGGAAGUACAAGGAAACCCCACAGCAGAGCAGCUGAAGCAACAAGCACUUGCAAAUCUCAUUGUGCAAGAGGAAAACAAAAUCCAUUACAACAUCAUAGUAGAGACAGUUACAGAUGCUAAACUCCCCUGUAGACGAGACAAGACUCAAUUGGCUGCAGAAUCGGCUGAGUGGAAAAAAGACGGCAUGUCCUUAGAGGUGGAUGGAAAACACUUGGUGUUGGACAAGUGGGAUCUAACUAUCAAGUCCUCCGAGGUUGAAGACAGAGGCAUCUAUGUGUGCAGAAGGGGUACAGAAGAAGAUCCAGACAAUGCACCUAUAAUAUAUGCAGUAACAGUGAUCCCAAGAGAGGGUAAAGGUGGGAAGACUGUGAAGACUAAAACCCAAAUCAGUCUGCCCUGCAACGCUGGGGUGUUAGCCAUCCUGAUUGAGGGGGCGACUGCUCAAUGGAAAAGGGACGACAACGUCGUAAAGAACAUGGAAAACCUGGGAAGUCUUGUGAUACCCGAACUAAGCCUGGAGGACUCCGGUGUGUACACCUGUGAUGUGAAAGAUCCACAGAAAGGCAGACACUACACAACCAACAGGGUGCAACUAAACGUUGUCAAGGCUAACAUGAUGGACCAGGCUCUUGGCCAGGCACAAGAAAUCAAAUUAAAGAACCCAGCUAUCUAUGGGGCUCUUUGUGGAUUUGGGGGAUACAUUGUGCUUGUUGGCAUUGUGUGCUUGAUCAUGAAAAGAAUCCGGGCUAGAGAACUGAAGCAAGAGGAGGAACUAACAUCAGACGAGGAAGAAAAAAUUGGAAUGCUUGGUGCUGAGUCUGAUGAGGGGCUGGUGGAUGGAGCCGUCACUGCAGGGGGUGUAACUGAGGCAGCACCAGAGGAAGAGAAAGAAUCUGAAAAUGAGGAACCAGGCAGUGAUGAAAAUGAAGAAGAGCAGGGAUCAGACAAUGAUCAGGAUACAGAACAGAAAGGUGACGGUGAUGAUGAUGAUAAAAGUGAGGAAGAAGGAAGUGAGGAAGAAGGAAGUAAUGAUGGGAAAGGAAAGGAUGAAGGAAAGGGUGAUGAUAGAGGAGGAAAGGAUGAAGAUACAGGUGCAGAAAGUGAUGAUGAAGGGGGUUCUAGUGAAGAUGAUUAGACUAACAUUAGUUUACUUAGACAACUAUUGAUGAAAAAUUGCAAAAUUUUAUCAAAUAUGAGAACUUGUUUAUUAUUGCACAAAGAUGUAAUCUGUAUCUUCCUCCUUCUUGUUGUCUUUGCUACAACUGAUGCUACAUAAUGUUUGUUUUCAUCUGUGUAUAUUCUCUAAUUUGUUGUAAUGUUUUCCAAAGAUCUCAAUCAGAGCACCUCAAAGAAACAUUCAACUAACUUUGUAUACAUCAUAUAGUGAUAUACAUCAUCUACCAAUUAUGGUAAAUAUGUAGUACUGUUCAGAAGAAUAUGGAAAGUUUUCAGUUAUGUAGAAAACAUGAUUAGUGUACAGAUGCCUUUUUGUGUAAUAAGGCGAUGCCGUAUCAUAUCCAACUUAGUCGAUCUCUGUAUGCUAAAUUUGGCUGACACAUCAACUAGUUACAUGAAUACUGGCGCUUUCAUCUUACUUAGAUUUACUCUUGAAUUCUCUUAGCAGCCAAGUCACUGGAUAUAUGAUGCAGGUUUCAUACAUUUAUUGUUCUCAGCUUGAUCUUAUGCUCGUCCUUUGUCUAAGCUUGAUCUAAGCUGCAGCAUCAUUUCGUAGAUUAAAAUCGGAGUGGACCUAUGUCAGAGUUGAUCAAUGACAUGAUCUAAAAUCUGUUGCUUUACUACAAUCUAAAUUAAAAUGUCUGACCUUAAAUAAACAGGUAGAUCUUAAGUGACAAGAGAUGCGUUCACACAUCAGUGAAUACAUUGUAUUCAAAGCAUUCUUGUUUCUGCAAUUAAAUACUGCUUAUUUCUUA